GGCCGGGCCCCUCCGCUAUUAGUACCGGCCCUCAGCGGAGCCCGCCUCAGUGCGGGGCCGCCUCGGUUCACCCGCCGCCUCUCAGCGCCAUGCAGGGGCUCAGCGCCGCGCCGCCCGCCGCCUGCCUCCUCCUUCUCCUCCUCCUCCUCAGCGCGCUGCUGGCGGCGGCGGCCGCCGAGCGGGAGCUGAGCCCCGGCAGCCGGCUGGCCGCGGGGGCGGCGCGGGCGGCACUGCACUACCUCAACUCCCAGGCGGCGUCCCCCGCGGCGCUGCGGGGGCUGGGGCAGGUCCGCAAGGCCACGCUGAAGAGCAUCCCAGACUCCGGUCACAAGUACUACCUGCAGUUCACUACCCAAGACUAUAAGAGCGGGGAAAAUGCCGGGAGCUGCCUUGCUACGGUGCUGUAUCCGAAGACAAAGUCCCCGCCUGUUGUCAAUAUCAAGUGCAUGCAUACCAAGGACCAGAAGCAAAUCCAUGAAGAGGACAACAGAGUUUACCAAAAACUCAAGCAUCAAACCAAACCAAUCACUGGAAACAAUAUUCCAGACAGCUACGGCAACAUUGAACCUGCCCUGGAGCCAGUGUGGGCUUUGGCCGUUGCUGGCAGCAGUUACAUGAUGUGGGAAAAGUCAACAGAGAGCCUGGGUUACUUCCUGGCACAAGUCAAGUCUGUGAAGCAGUGGAUAAGGAAAGAUGAUUUCGUUGAGUUUGACUACACUGUCCUACUCCACGAAGUUCCAACCCAGGAAAUUAUUUCAUGUCACAUGCGGCUCACUUGGCUUCCUGGUCACCCUCUGAAAGUGAAAUAUUUCUGUGCUUCGGAGAAUCAGGGGCUCGAAGAUGGGUCUGGAGUGGAAUCUGGCUCAGCUGCUGGGAUUUUACAAGAAAGGGGAGCAAAUUUUUAAGAGAGAUUGUCUGCUUUAUGUAUAAGUAUUAAAUGAGAAAAUCCUUGUGUUAAUAGACCUGGAGUUGUGGUAAUUUUUCUGUACAAGUCGAACAGUGAAUCUGAAUGCUGUCACUAGUCGGUUUUGAUUCAAAAUUAAUUCUUACCAUUUUUUACACUCACGUUCUAGAGUUCUACCUAAAAUCUUUGCUACUAUGUAUAUACACUGAUAAGCACACACAAGUUGAUUUUGUGCCACUAACUUACUGUUACUUAGAGCAACAUUGUUUGUAAACAAAGCUAAUAUAUUUGGAUAAAAAUCAUGAGAAAACUUUAUCUGUCACUAUUUGCCUGCUGAUUUUCCUUCCAUGUUUUGGGAUGGAUGGUUGGCCAAGGCAACUCUGAAAAUACGGAUGUAAGGAAAACAGGUUUUCUGGUCUCCCCACAUCCGUCGCCAGUCCCAAGCACUGCAAGCGGCACCGGGGGGGAGCCGAGGGCCUUGGCUCCUGUCCCUCCCCACCAAACCCUCCGCUGUCCCGCUGCUGGGCUCCGAGGUGGUGCCAAACCAGCUCCAGGUUGCCAUUUUUUCCCCGCCAUGAGAUUUCUGCCCCGUGAAAUGAGCCCCUUACCCUCCUCAGGAAGCCUCUGCCUUCUGGGACGGUCGCGGUCCUCGUCUCUCGUGGCAUAGGGCACGCUCGCCGAUCUGUAAGCGGUAACGAUGAUUAAGGUAUUUGCCACAAAAGGGGCCCAUUUGGGCUGGGUGAUCUGUUAACCCCCAAAUUCAGGCAUUUUACACAAGUGUAUUAGAGUCGGAGAUACUUUUACUGACUGAAGCUUUUUAUAUCGGCACAUAAUGGCAUUACAAUAAAUUCAGUGAAGCAGCA